AGAAAUUGUGGAGUAUGGGAGUGAAGGCGGUGGUUUGUUGAGAAACGAGGAAGCAGAAAUCCGAAGGCAUGGAAGAAAUGGCGGAGAGGGAACGAGAAAUAGAAGUCCGGAGCCUGAGCGGUGAAUCAACCACCGUUUCCAUAUCGGAAAACAAAACCAUUGAAGACCUCAAGCUCCUCUUGAUCCAAACUUUCCCUCCCGCCUCCAACUCCCCCAAUUUUCACCUCUUCUUCAAGGGUGCUAAAUUGAGCUUACAGAGUAAGCUAAACAGUCACCCCAUUGGUUCCGGAAAAUUUAUGGUUCUGGUCCCAUUUACCAAGAAGGUUCGACAAUGCAAUCAAUCUGCAACCACCUCGGAAGUUCCCAAUCAAAGCCCAGUCUCAAACUUCGCUGAUUCAGCAUGGUCUGAUAUGAUGCAAGAUUUAAGGACUUUAAGCAACAUGUCAAAUAAUGAAAAUCAAACGAAUUUUGACUCUGGGACUGUAAUUGAAGGAGUGAGAAAUGAAUUAAUGGAAGAAGCCUCUGCAACAUAUACUUUGGAGAGGAAACGCAAAAAGUUCCAUGGUGAUAAACAGGAAGGAUCUUCAGAUGACCUUAUAUUAAGUUUAUUGAAGUCGCCUUGUAAGAUUUUCUUAGACAAACAGAAUUGUGAAAUACUUAUUCGAGUUUUGGAGUCGGUGAAUUGUUUAUUGGAUAUGCGAUCUGGGAGCUGCAUGUUGUUGAGAGAAGUUGGUUUAGCCUACGGUGAUGCAAUGCAAAGUGGAAGCAAGAGUAGUUUAUGCCUUUGUCCAGCAUGGUUGAAAAAAAUAAUGAAAACAUUUACUUUCUUAAAUAUAUUCUCUGCAUUUCUACAACUGCAGCAGGGGCAUAUCACCUUAAUCCAUUUGAAGGAAGGAUUAGAUCAUCUUGGGGAAUUUGGAUUUCAAGUUGAUAUGGAGGAUAUAGAGCAUCUCUCUGUUCUCUGUCCUAAGGUAGUGCAUUUUGCCACUAAUGGAAUGCCAUCCAAAAACUUGGGCGAUAACCUUAUUGUCAUUAAUUCUUCAACACAACACAAAGAUCAAGUUGAAGAUAAUUCUAGAACUGCUCAAAAGCAGGUGCCUAUAUCAAAGAUUGUCAGUGUGAUGAAGAAACUGGAAAGUUCCUUCAAAACACAUUUAUGGAGGGCUGUUAAAGUGUUGAUGCGUAAAAGUGGAAAUGAGAUGACCAUGCUCUUUUCCUUAGAAGAUCUACUGAUAUCUGUGAAGGAAGGUGGUGCUGGUAAGGCAAAACAAGCAAGGAGAAGCUGGUCAGCAGUUUCAAGUACUAAUUCAGCUCAAUCAAAAUGUCAUGAUACAAAUCCACUGCUCCCAAUGGAAAUGGUUGAACAUCUCAGAAAGGGCAUGGGAUGUCAAGGACAGAUGGUGCAUGUUGAAGAAAUUUGUGCUAGAAUGGCUUUUCAUGUGGAAAUCCCAGAUGAACUGUCAGAAAACACAAAAUCUGCACUUGAACAUAUUGGAGUUACUAGGUUGUACAGCCACCAGGCAGAGUCGAUACAAGCUUCCCUUGGAGGGAAGAAUGUUGUUGUGGCAACAAUGACAUCCAGUGGGAAAUCUCUUUGUUACAAUGUUCCAGUUCUGGAAGUGUUAUCCCAGAAUUUGUUAUCGUGUGCGCUAUACUUGUUUCCAACAAAGGCAUUGGCUCAAGAUCAACUAAGAGCUCUGUUGGCUAUGACAAAAGGGUCUGAUGUUAGUUUAAAGAUGGGUGUAUAUGAUGGUGAUACUUCUGAGGAGGACAGGAUGUGGUUACGUGAUAAUGCUAGACUGUUGAUCACAAAUCCGGAUAUGUUACACAUGUCAAUCUUGCCUUUCCAUGGACAAUUUGGGCGAAUUCUAUCAAAUCUUAGGUUUGUAAUCAUUGAUGAAGCCCAUGCUUACAAGGGAGCAUUUGGAUGUCACACUGCCUUUAUACUGAGAAGACUUCGCCGGUUGUGUUAUCAUGUGUAUGGCAGUGAUCCAUCUUUUAUAUUUUGUACUGCAACUUCUGCAAAUCCUCGUGAUCAUGCUAUGGAACUUGCUAAUCUACCAACAUUGGAGCUGAUUCAGAAUGAUGGAAGUCCUUCUGGGCCCAAGUUUUUUGCCCUCUGGAAUCCUGCUUUAUGCUCAAAAACUGUGUCAAAGAGAUCUACAAGUAGCACGAAUAUUAGUAAAUCUGCAGAUGAAAAUGUUAUUGUCAAACGCUCAAGUCCAAUUUGGGAAAUUUCAUGUCUCCUCGCAGAAAUGAUUCAGCAUGGGCUUCGUUGCAUUGCUUUUUGUAAAUCGCGUAAACUUUGUGAACUUGUUUUGUCCUACACGCGUGAGAUACUUCAGGAGACAGCGCCCCAUCUGGUCGACUCCAUAUGUGCUUAUCGUGCUGGUUAUGUUGCUCAGGAUAGGAGGAGAAUAGAGAGUGAUUUUUUCAGUGGGAAGCUUUGUGGUAUUGCUGCUACAAAUGCCCUUGAGCUGGGUAUCGAUGUUGGACACAUUGAUGUAACUCUUCAUCUAGGCUUCCCUGGUAGCAUUGCUAGCCUGUGGCAGCAAGCUGGGAGAUCUGGGAGAAGGGAAAGACCGUCACUUGCUAUAUAUGUUGCAUUUGAAGGGCCUCUGGAUCAGUACUUUAUGAAAUUCCCCCAGAAACUCUUCAGGAGGCCAAUUGAGUGUUGUCACGUUGAUGCUCAAAACCAACAGGUGCUUGAACAGCAUUUGGUUUGCGCUGCUCUUGAACACCCAUUGAGUUUGCUUUAUGAUGAGAAAUAUUUUGGUUCUGGUUUAAACAGUGCCAUAACUUCACUUACAAAUAGGGGAUACCUGAGUUUUGAUCCAUCACGUGGUUCUUCUUCUAGAAUAUGGAACUACAUUGGGCAUGCGAAAAUUCCUUCUCAUGCAGUUAGUAUUCGAGCGAUAGAGACUGAAAAAUACAAAGUCAUAGACAAGGGCAGAGAUGAACUACUUGAAGAGAUUGAGGAAAGCAAGGCUUUCUUUCAGGUAUAUGAUGGUGCUGUUUAUAUGCACCAAGGCAAGACCUAUCUGGUGAAGGACUUAGAUAUAUCAAGAAAACUUGCUUUAUGCCAACAAGCUGACUUGAAAUAUUACACCAAGACUCGUGAUUAUACUGAUAUUCAUGUCAUUGGCGGUGAGAUUGCCUACCAAGCAAGGAUUUCCAGGAUCCAGUUUGCUAGAACAACUGCCCAAGUACAUGAUUGCAGAGUAACGACUACUUGGUUUGGCUUCCGUCGUAUAUGGAAAGGAAGCAAUAAAGUCUUUGAUACAGUUGAACUUUCACUACCUACAUAUUCAUAUCAGUCACAGGCAGUCUGGGUUCGAGUUCCACAAUCAGUAAAAACAGCUGUGGAGAUUCACAGGUUCUCAUUUCGUGCAGGCUUGCAUGCUGCUUCUCAUGCUGUUCUAAACGUGGUCCCUCUGUAUGUGAUCUGCAACUCAUCUGACUUGGCUCCAGAAUGUUCAAACCCUCAUGAUACCCGCUAUAUUCCAGAAAGAAUUCUAUUGUAUGAUCCGCAUCCUGGAGGGACUGGUUUUUCAGCACAGGUUCGACCACAUUUCACUGAACUGUUAACUGCUGCUUUGGAACUCCUUAUGUCAUGCUGCUGCACGGGAGACACCGGUUGCCCUAACUGCAUUCAAAAUCUAGCUUGUGGGGAGUACAAUGAGCUUUUACACAAGGAUGCGGCCAUUAUGAUUAUAAAGGGUGUUCUGGAAGCAGAGGAGUCAUACUUUGGAGGACACACUAAUUCUUCAAAACCCUAGACAUUAGAGGAGUGUUGCUGAAGAGGUUGAUUCAGUCAGUAUUUUUCUUCUUCUAUGAUAAGAAAAGAAACGAAUAAAUUAAACACCAGAAGAAGAUACAGAAUCUUGAUGAAGAGAGGUUGGGAUAGAAGCAUCCUUGACCCAUUCUGCCAUCUUAUAUAGCUCAUCAUACAUGGUCUUCUCUCCAAGAGAAGGGUGCCUAGCCUGGAUCUGAAAAUCAAAAUUCUUUAACAGUGGCCUGACCCUAAUGCCUCACGGAUGGUAUGCAGAAAAUUCUGGCGAGACCCAAAUCAAGAUCAAUCUGAAGACCCCUUGCAGUCUAGUAGUGGCUGAAGCCAUGAAGAUGAAUUUAUUUUUCUUUCUCCCAAUGGCAAAUGCGGUUGUAAUCGCUAUGUUUAAGGCAAGUGGCUAAAAAGAGGAGUGGAGUUUCACUUUUCUAUCAAUGGAGGCCAUUGUUCUAACCUCUAAUUGACACGAUGUUUAAUUUUAUGAGCGUUAUCCAGUUGAAGGUUAAACAUCUAUAAAUGGAUAGACUGGUGACAUGAAAUGACGGAGUUUGGCACAAAAA